AUGAUGGAGAUGCUGGGAGAUCAUGGAGCCGCCGAGGCGUCUACAUCGACGUCGUCUGUCUCGAGAUUCGGUGCGGACGCCUUCAUGCCGACUCCGGACGACGUGGUAAUGAACGAUGAUCUGGAACCGAUACCCCGCGAUCGGUGCAACACAUGGCCGUUGCAAAGGCCCCAAUUCGAUUCUUCGCUGAUUUCGAAACCAACCAUCGAGAAGAUCCCAGAAGAAGAUCCGGACCUGUUUGGAAGCAAUGAGCAAUGUGGACGACUCGGUGGCACAUCUACAAACGGAUCGAUUGCAAUGCUGAAUAAUUCGAAUGGAGAUGCCCUGUUUGGUGGAGAUUGCAGAAUGCCAGAUUCGCCAGAAGAUGGAAGUUCGAAUUCAAAGAAGGCUACCACUAGAAGGAACGCCUGGGGAAAUAUGUCAUAUGCUGAAUUAAUCUCCACUGCCAUCAACGCUAGUCCAGAGAAACGGUUGACAUUGGCUCAAGUAUACGAAUGGAUGGUCCAGAACGUUCCAUACUUCAGAGAUAAGGGAGAUUCGAACAGUUCCGCUGGAUGGAAGAACUCGAUCCGACACAAUCUAUCACUUCACUCUCGGUUCAUGCGCAUUCAGAAUGAGGGAGCCGGAAAGAGUUCGUGGUGGGUCAUCAAUCCAGAAGCCAAACCAGGACGGAAUCCACGUCGCACUCGUGAGAGAUCCAACACCAUUGAGGCAACCACAAAGGCUGCACUCGACAAAUCACGUCGUGGAGCCAAAAAGCGGAUAGAAAAGCGGGCUCUUAUGGGAUCUGUUCACUCUGGACUCAAUGGAAAUUCAACAGCUGGAUCGAUCACAUCCAUUCAACACGAUAUGUACGAUGACGAUUCGAUGCAAUCACCAUUCGACUCAAUGACUGCAUUCCGGUCACGUACCCAAUCGACCAUGUCUGUUCCUGGAAACACGUCCCGGGUCUCUCCAACCAACUGUGAGCUUUAUGACGAUCUCGAGUUCCCAUCAUGGGUUGGAGAUACUCCAGCUGUUCCGAAUAUUCCAAAUGACUUGGUCGAUCGGACCGAUCAGAUGCGCAUUGAUAACGGUCCAUUGGCUGGACUUCAGAUCAAGCAAGAGCCAAAACCAAUUAAGACUGAACCAAUUGCUCCACCAUCAUACCACGAGUUGAACAGUGUCCGUGGACCAUGCGUCCAGAAUCCGUUGCUGCGUAAUCCAAUCGUGCCAAGCACCAACUUCAAACCAAUGCCACUCCCAGGAGCAUUCGGAGGUUAUCAGAAUGGCGCGAAUCCAUGGCUCACCACCUCCGUUCCAUCGCCACUUCCCGGAAUCCAAUCAUGCGGAAUUGUGGCCGCUCAGAAUACGCUCGCCUCGUCAUCGGCUCUUCCAAUCGAUUUGGAGAAUCUGACACUUCCAGAUCAGCCAUUGAUGGAUAUGGAUGUGGAUGCGUUGAUUCGGCACGAGCUAUCACAGGCCGGAGGGCAAAGUAUUCAUUUCGAUUUGUAA